GCUCAUGCUAAAGUCUGGCAUCUCUACAAUGACCAUUUUCGUCCAACUCAGAAAGGAAAAGUGUCAAUUGCCCUUAGCUCCCACUGGAUAAAACCUCAACGUAUGACCGAAAAAAACAUAAAAGAAUGUCAAAAAUCCCUUGAUUUUGUGCUCGGCUGGUUUGCUAAGCCCAUAUUUAUUGAUGGUGACUAUCCAGAGAGCAUGAGAAGCAACCUCUCAUCUCUGUUGCCUGAAUUCAGUGAAGCUGAGAAGAAGUAUAUCAAGGGAACAGCAGACUUUUUUGCACUUUCUUUUGGAGCUACCUUGAGUUUCCAGCUCUUGGAUUCCCACAUGAAAUUCCAGCAGUUGGAAUCAAUAAGCCUGAGGCAGCUUCUUUACUGGAUAAGCCGUGAAUAUAACAACCCCCAAAUAUUCAUUGUGGAGAACAGCUGGUUUGUUUCUGGUAGCACCAAGAGAGAUGAUGCCAAAUAUAUUUACUAUCUCAAAAAGUUCAUUAUGGAAACUUUAAAAGCCAUCCGGUACGAUGGAGUUAAUGUGUUUGGCUACACAGUCUGGUCCCUCCUGGAUGGCUUUGAAUGGCAUAGGGGAUACAGUAUUCGACGCGGAUUGUUUUAUGUUGAUUUUCAAAGCCAUGACAAGAAGUUGGUGCCCAAAUCUUCUGUCUUGUUCUAUCAAAAGCUGAUAGAAAAAAACGGCUUCCCACCCUUGCCUGAAAACCAGCCCAUAGAAGGUAUUUUUCCCUGCAAUUUUGCUUGGGGAAUUGUGGACAACUACAUUCAGGUAGACACGACACCCGCCCAGUUUCUUGACUCUAAUGUUUAUGUGUGGGAUGUUCACCAGACGAAGAAGCUUAUUAAAGUGGAUGGAGUUUUCACGCUGAAACGCAAGCGUCACUGUGUUGAUUUUGCUGCUAUCAGGCUCCAGAUCUCUCUUCUGCAAGAAAUGCAUGUCACACACUUCCAUUUUUCACUGAAAUGGUCUUUAAUCCUUCCUUUGGGUAACCUUUCUCUAAUCAACCACACACUUGUACAUUAUUAUCAGUGUUUUGCUAGUGAACUUCUCAGAGUUAACAUAACCCCUGUUGUUGCUUUGUGGCAACCUAUGGCUGAGAAUCAAGAACUUCCAGCUUCUCUUGCCAAAUAUGGAGCUUGGGAAAACCCAGAAACCAUUCAGGCUUUUGUUGACUAUGCCAAAUUCUGCUUUACAAGUCUUGGGGACCACGUCAAAUUUUGGAUCACAAUGAAUGAGCCGCCUGUGAAAAACUUGACAUACACAGCAGGACAUAACCUGUUGAAAGCCCAUGCAAAAGUAUGGCAUCUUUAUGACGAAGAAUUCAGGAGAUCUCAGAAGGGCAAAAUAUCUAUAGCUCUGCAAGCCGACUGGGUUGAACCAGCUUGUCCCUUUUCCAGGAAUGACCAUGAAGUUGCUGACAGAAUUUUAGAAUUUGACAUUGGCUGGCUUGCAGAGCCCAUCUUUGGGAAUGGUGACUACCCACAGGUGAUGAGAGCAUGGCUUCGCCGAAGAAACAGUGUUGACCUGUAUAAUUUCCACUUGCCUUAUUUCUCAGAAGAUGAAAAGAAGUUAAUCCAGGGCUCAUUUGAUUUUUUUGCCCUGAGUCACUACACUACUACGCUUGUGGGUUGGGAGAAAGAAGAUGCACUGAAAUAUGACCACUACCUUGAAGUUCAAAUGAUCAAUGAUAUCACAUGGCUGCACUCCCCGAGCAGAGCUGCAGUAGUGCCCUGGGGACUGCGGAAAUUGCUCAGAUGGAUUAAAUCAAAGUAUGGCAAUGUCCCGGUUUACGUUAUGGCCAAUGGGAUUGACGAUGACCAGAAUAUGGUGCACGAUAAGCUCAGAGUGUAUUACAUACAGAAUUACAUCAAUGAAGCUUUAAAAGCUUACACCUUGGAUAAUGUUAACCUGCAAGGAUAUUUUGUCUAUUCUUUUAAUGACAAGACUGCUCCUAAAUAUGGUCUUUACAGUUACAUUGCAAAUCAAUAUGAACCAAAGCCGUCUAUGAAACAUUAUAGAGAAAUAAUUGACAGUAACGGUUUUCCUGGUCCUGAAACUACUGAGUUGCUGUGCCCAGAAGAGAUUGCCUCAUGUCCUGAAUGCCACCUCUUCCAAACCAGAAAAUCCUUAUUAGCCUUUAUCGCUUUCGUAUUUGUUGCUUUUAUUGCUACUAUAUUCUUAAUUACUUACUACUCCAAGAGGAUAGAAAAAAGGUAUAAAUAG